AUGUCUAAUCUUCUAUCUGCAUCGGAUCAAUUUGGUAUCAUGAGUACGAAUACUUCUCUUCAACAAUCUACUACAUUUUCAUUUUGGUAUUUCAUGCAUGGAAGUCAAAUUGGAACAUUAGCAUUAAUUGUUAAUGAUCAAACAUUAUGGGAAAAGAGUGGUCGACAAGGACUACCAGCAUGGCAUCAAGCUAAUAUUACUUUACCUGUUGGUGCUUAUCUUAAUAUCAUAUUUGCCGCUAAUCGAACAGGCACUGGUCGAUCAUCUGAUAUUGCAAUUGAUGAUAUUGUUUUGGAAGGAGAAUCAAGUAAGAAUUGAUUUCUUAUUGAAAGUUCUUUACCAUUGAGUAUU